CCAAAAACACCCCCAAAACAGUUCAGGAACAGACGGGUACAGAUUAAUUUUGACACCAACGACAGGUGACAGUCCAGUUGCUGAUGUUACAAAACCGAUGGUGCAGACAGACUACUAGACUGCUGUCUGAUUUGAGGAACUCUAUUUGUAAACAAUGAGACAGGCCACAGGACACAGCAGUGACAACCAGAGGAAGAAUGAAACUCAGACUGGUUCUGUUGUGUUUCUCUCCAACCCUUUGAUGAGUGAUAUUGAGUCAGAUUGGUCCCCCAUUCAUGAUGCAGCCUACAAUGGACGUGUUCUCACACUGAGAAACCUAAUAGCUCAGGGAACGUGUGUCAACCUGGCCACUCUAGAAAGAGUCUCUCCCCUUCAUGGAGCAUGUCUGCAGGGACACACUGCCUGUGCCAAGUUACUGAUAGAAAAUGGGGCCAAUGUGAACGUCCCCACGUUGGAGCAGACCACCCCCCUGUCAGAGGCCUGUGCCCGGGGCCACGUGGCCUGUGUGACCCUGCUCCUCCAGCACGGAGCCUUACCCGAAGGAUACAGCCUCUCAGCCUCCCCCAUCCACCAGGCCGCAGCCAAAGAUUAUGGGUCAUAUUCUGAAGGACAGACUACCAAUAGAUAGAUAGAUCCUCUGUGGUUAGGGUAGCAAAAUUCUGGGAACUUUCAAUAAAUUCCCUGGUUUUCUAGAAUUCCUUGUUGGAGAUUACAGAUUUCCGGCUUAAUAAUCCCUUCUGACUCUGGGAAUCCCCCAACCGGGAUUUGGGGAAAACCAGGGAAUUUUUUUGAAAGUUCCUGGAAUUUUGCAACCCUAUCAGUGGUGCAUCAGCCAAGGCGGUAGCCACGUGAUUCACUGAAGACUGCACUGCAGCUUGUGCCAAAGUAAUAAAGGGAAAACCCCGUAGAGAUGACAAAAUGUUGCCGAAAAUAACAUAAUGAAGGGAUCAUAAUGCGUGUUUUUUUUCUCUCAAAGGUUCAUAUACAGUAGCUACAGCACUUUGACAAAGAUGAAAGUCAAAACGUGUCAGCUUUUAUAAAAUAAAAAAGA